UUCCUUUUCGACGUUUCUGUCCAAUUGACUCUUCUUUUUACGUGAGAAGUCUCGCCGAGUUCAGAGACACAGCAGCUUUAGAAACGCCUUCCCCGAGGUCAAGUCAGCAUCAUGACCAGCACCGCUAAACGACUUGGUAAACGUAUCAUCGGAUAUCCGGAGGAGAUUGUCCCAGUUGUCUCCUCGAAAGACUAUGUACUCCGGUACACCACGAACCCCGGUAAAAGGGUGGUGGAUUACUUUGUCAGCUUGUUCCCUAUAUUUGGAUGGAUCACUAGAUACAAUCUUGGAUGGCUUACCGGUGACGUUAUCGCCGGUCUUACUGUUGGGAUGGUUAUUGUUCCUCAGAGCAUGUCCUACGCUCAGAUUGCGACCCUCGAUCCCGAAUAUGGACUAUAUUCUUCUUUCGUUGGUGUAUUGAUUUACUGCUUCUUUGCAACUUCAAAAGACGUGUCCAUUGGUCCAGUCGCCGUCAUGUCCUUGACCGUGUCCGAGAUCAUCAAGUAUAUCGAUGAAAAACAUCCCAAUCAAUGGGGAGGUCCUCAGAUAGCCACCACUGUCGCGUUUAUUGCCGGUUUUAUCGUCUUGGGCAUCGGACUCCUGCGGCUUGGGUGGAUAGUCGACUUCAUUCCUGCACCGGCCGUCAGCGGAUUCAUGACCGGUUCUGCGAUCAAUAUUAUCGCUGGUCAAGUCCCUGGUUUAAUGGGUAUCACCGGUUUCGAUACGCGCGCGGCCACUUACAAAGUUAUCAUAAAUACCUUGAAGGGACUGCCGAAUACGAAGCUCGAUGCCGCCUGGGGACUGGCUGGAUUGGUCGCAUUAUACUCCAUCCGUAUCGUAUGCGAUCAGCUCACAAAGCGUUUCCCUCGCAGAGGUCGACUCUUCUUCUUCAUCUCCGUUUUCAGGAAUGCCUUCGUUAUCGUUAUUCUGACGAUCGCUGCAUGGCUAUACACAAGACACCGCCGUAAUGCGAAGGGAAGCUACCCGAUCAAAAUCUUAAAGACUGUCCCUAGUGGUCUUAGACACGUCGGGCAGCCCGACAUCGACCCAGACCUAGUUUCUGCUUUGGCUGCCAAGCUUCCUGUUGCAGUUAUCAUUCUAUUACUGGAGCACAUCGCCAUUGCUAAAUCCUUCGGACGCGUGAACGGUUACAAAAUUAACCCGAAUCAAGAGCUUAUCGCCAUAGGAGUUACGAACACUGUGGGCUCGUGCUUUGGCGCGUACCCCGCUACUGGCUCGUUUUCUCGCUCUGCUUUGAAAUCGAAGUCAGGCGUGAGAACCCCUGCUGCCGGUAUCAUCACUGCAAUUGUCGUGAUUGUGGCAUUGUACGGCCUGACACCUGCGUUCUACUGGAUUCCCACUGCUGGUCUCUCUGCCGUGAUUAUCCACGCAGUGGCUGAUCUGGUGGCAUCUCCUCAGCAGGUUUAUUCUUACUGGCGCGUGUCUCCCUUGGAGUUCGUAAUAUGGUUCGCGGCCGUUCUUGUGACAAUCUUCUCAUCCAUCGAAAAUGGCAUAUAUGUGUCCAUCUGCACUUCUCUUGCGCUUCUCCUCAUACGCCUCGCUCAUCCUCGUGGUUACUUCCUUGGCAAGGUUACCCUGAACGAUGGCGGUUCAGAUCUCAAGCACCACCGAGAAGUAUUUGUUCCCCUGACCAAGGACGGCGUCACCAAUGCAGACGUCCAAGUCACUCCGCCUCCUCCAGGUGUCGUUGUUUAUCGGUUCGAAGAGAGUUUCCUCUACCCCAAUAGCGCGCAGUUGAACUCGACUCUCGUGGACUAUGUGAAGGAGAACACGAGAAGAGGCAAGGACAUGAGCACGGUGAAGCUGAGCGACCGUGCAUGGAACGAUCCUGGACCUAAACGAGGCGAUCACGGUGCUGCUACCGAAGCCAACGCGAAUCUUCCAUUACUACGGGCCGUCGUUCUCGAUUUCUCUGUGAUCUCGCAAAUUGAUACCACUGCUGUCCAAGCACUAAUCGAUACCCGGAAUGAAAUAGAACGAUGGACCGACCGCCCUGUAGAGUUCCACUUUGCCACUAUUCUUUCUCCUUGGAUCCGCCGGGCACUAAUCGCAGGUGGCUUCGGUGUAGGCCAGCGAGUCCCCCAAGAAAUCGCGGCCGUUGUUCCCUAUCGAGACGGUGCCGAGGCACCAUCAGAACAACGCGAAGGAGACGUCGAGACGGCGGACUGGAAGCACGAUAGAGACCCGAGUCCUUCAAUCAGCCAGGAUGAUUCUGCCCUACAAACUCCCUUCUUCCACUUUGAUCUUGCAUCUGCAGUUCAUGCUGCAGAGAACGGACCCAUAAAAUCAUGAUAGCUUCUAUUAUUAUUGUAACACUAAUGCAUACAUGUUUACUCACAAUUUUAUUCUACUUGUUGAAUCCUGCGCGUGUGUGAGCGGCGGUUCCGGUCCGGACUCC